AGGAAUUGACAAAAUAAGCCCCUGCCGAAAAUCUAACCGCUCUGCAUACCACGUAGUUAUUGUUCUAAUUCUUGAUUUAUGGGUUUGUUCAACUUUCUCGAUCUCCACCAAUUCCAAUUCUUUCGCUUAAGGUUUCUGCAAGCUCCAUUUCUUCAUAGCCGUUCAAAGAUUCAUCAAAGUGGAUCAUCCACCCAGCUUAGUUAUUUGGUAAUCACAGUCUAUAGUUACAAAACAAUCUAUGCAUUGUAUCUGGUUCUUAUACUUCUCAGUUUGAUUCAAGAUUUUAAAGAGCCACACUCUUUCCUGGUUGGGAUUGCUUUUCUGGAGAAAUCUUGGAUUCCCGUUUGAAUUUUUUUUUUUUUAAUUUUGUUGUACUGGGUUGUGAUCGAAAUAAGAUUCAGAGUUUGAAUUCUUGAGGCUCUCCUGGAUGGACAUGGGUGAAGUUUUGGAUUUUUGAAUAAUUUUAUACUUCAUGGCAUUUCGAUGUUUUGAAAUUGCAGUUACAAAAUUACUGUUUGUUGAUAUUACUGAUUGCAGCUAAAUUUGGUGUGAUGGUGAUUGGUUGGUAAAUGGUUAGUGUAUUGAUUGGUUUUCUAUGGCAAUAAGGUUUCCAGUGAAUUGAGUGCCCUACAAGGGAUCUCUAAUGGUAAUCUUGAUUCCAAUUUUUGAAGUUAUUUCGGUCAAAUGUGGUGGUCUUGAGCUAGCUACCUAUUGAGACUAUGAGUAGUUUUAGUAGAAGUGUUUCCUUUAAGCAGAGGGCUGCAAGUAUUAACAGCCCCGGAUUUUGUAGGAAAACUUGGGUUCCUCGCCUGUUUUGUGCACUAAUUGUGAUUGGUUCUUUGGUCUCCUUUUUCUUUGUUAUUGGUUGUGGGUACUUAUAUGUCCUACCAAAUCUUACCCAUACAUUCCAUGACCACGCGGAUAGAUUUUCCAACUUCAGUGGUUCAGAAGAUACAUGUGAUGUAUAUAAUGGAAAUUGGGUACUGGAUGAUAGUUACCCCUUGUACAAUGCGUCGGAAUGCCCUUUUGUAGAGCAAGGAUUCAACUGCCUGGACAAUGGUCGAACGGAUAAUGAUUAUAUAAAAUGGAGGUGGAAGCCAAAGAAUUGUGCCAUACCGAAAGUUAAUGUGCAGCUUGUUUUGGAAAUACUCCGAAAUAAAAGAGUUGUUUUUGUUGGUGAUUCGAUGAGUAGAACACAGUGGGAGUCUUUAAUAUGUUUACUAAUGAAUGGUCUGGAAGAUAAGAAUAGUGUGUAUGAAGUCAACGGGAACAAGAUCACGAAACAAAUUAGAUUUUUAGGCGUAAGGUUCAGUUCCUUUAACUUCACUAUCGAGUUCUACCGAUCAGUUUUCCUUGUGCAACACUACUGGGCACCUAAACAUGUACCAAGGAGAGUUAGAUCAACACUUAAGUUGGACAAGUUGGAUGAUAUCAGUAGGGAGUGGAUUGAUUCAGAUGUUCUUAUUUUCAAUUCUGGUCAAUGGUGGAUUCCUGGGAAGAUCUUUGGAAUGGGAUGCUAUUUUCAAGUUGGCAAUUCACUAAAGCUUGGAAUGCCGAUUGCCUCUGCCUUCAGAAGGGCAUUAAGCACUUGGUCUUCAUGGGUCGAGAGCAUGAUAAAUCCUAAAAGAACACAGGUCUUCUUCCGAACUUUUGAGCCUUCUCACUGGAGGAAUCUAACUCUGAGGCAAUGCAAUGUCACAAAGUUUCCACUUUUAGAAGCUGGGGGGAAAGAUAGUAGUUCAUUUUCAGAUGCAGUAUUCGAGGUGGUAAACAAUAUGACAGUUCCUGUUACUGUUUUGCAUAUAACUCCGAUGUCGGCAUUUCGAAGUGAUGCACAUGUGGGUACUUGGAGUGACAGGCCAUCUUUAUCUGAUUGUAGCCACUGGUGUCUACCCGGAGUACCCGAUGUAUGGAAUGAGAUAGUCAUUUCAUAUCUGCUUGGUAGCAAUGAACCUGCUUCUACGAGUGCAAGCACAAGAUUCAAGAAUGUAUGAUAUCUAGCUCACAAUCCAGCCAAGGUAUCGUCCAGUUAAAGACCAAGGAAUUGUGCAGUUGUCAAAAUAGCAGCAAAUUUUGAACAGAGGUGUAUAGUAAAGAUGAGCGGAAGAACCUGUUAAGAAACAUAUUUUAUUUGUUCAUUUUUCGAUUCUUUUGUCCAACAAAAGGGGAAAUGUAUCAAUUGUUUUGUUGUCUACUGAUCAGAUUCAAUUUUUUACACUGUUGUAAUAGUAAUACUAACUGCAACAGCAACUGUUUAUAAAUGUGAAAACCAUAUUGUUAUUUCUUACAA